UCCGCUUUUCUCAAACACAAAAAAACACACUCAAUUUUCUCUCUUCAAAUCAUCUCAAUUAUUCCACUUCCAAAACAAACAAAGAGAAUGAGAAGCAACUUAUUCCACUCCACAACUAAAAUGACCGCCGCCGCAAAAACAACCUUCUCGCCGCCGGCGACCUUCCAGCGGUCGCCGUGGCACUCCCCGGUCCCGUACCUCUUCGGGGGGCUGGCCGCGAUGCUCGGCCUCAUCGCCUUCGCCCUCCUCAUCCUCGCCUGCUCCUACUGGAAGCUCUCCACCGCCGAAGAAGCCCAAGACGGCGACGUGGAGAGCGGCGCAGCCGCGAAAGGCGACGCCGCCGCGGCCGAGAAGACCCUGACGGUUUUCGAAGAGAAGUUUCUUGUGAUCAUGGCGGGUGAUGCUAAGCCUUCUUAUCUUGCUACACCUGUGUGCAGUAGAAAUGUUUCAUUUGAUGAUGAAAAGGUUGACAACAAAGAAAAAGUUGAAGAAGAAGAAGAAGAAGGAAAGGUGAAGAAAGAUGGUGAAAAUGCACUAGAAAAUGGAGAGCAAUCUCAUUUGAGUUGAUGAAAGUUAUUACUAUUAGGAUUGUGAAUUUUGAUCCUUUUUUUUUAAAUUUCUUUUGCUUGUUUUGAGCAAGACUCUUGCUCAAUUUUGUGAGCCAAGGAAAUGUAAAUUUUUUUCUAAUGAGAUGAGCACUCAGUUUGGAAACAUUAA